GAUAAGAGCUGACAUUUUUUUAAACAUUAAAAAUCUAAACGUUCAAUAUACCUAGAUCAUUUCAACUCAAUUAAAACGUUUUUAAUAGGUACCUAAUAUUAUUAUAGUUGCUGAGUGUCUAUAGGAUCCUACGAUUAUAGUUAGUUUAAUUACGAACACGAGGGAAAACGUUUGCCAUUUACACACUUGAAGGUGAAUUUUGCAAAUUAUUUUUUGUGCUUUGUUAGAUGUAUUGUUACAUCAUCAAUUAAUUAGAAUCUGAAGCUUGCGUGUUUUUUUUUUUUUUAUCAAUCUUAUUGGUGAAUUAUUAUUAAUUUUGCCGUUUACAUUAUUUUAGUUAUGCGCCAGUAGUGAACAAUAUGGAAACUAGUAGUAUACAAAUCGAAGAACCAGAAUUGGUUUUUGACGAUAGACAAAAUUAUAAUAAUACACCUAAUAAUCAGGUCAAUGGCACUGCAAUAACAUUUGAACCUUUAAAACCAGAAAAAGUCAGAUGGUUCUACAAAAGUGAUUCCAAAAGAUGGACCAAAUUCGAUGGUUUUGAUUCUUUAAAUAUAGAGUACAGGUAUAGGGCAAAUUUCGGCAAUGAAGAGGAAGCAUCUUCUUUGAAUGGAUCAUAUAAUUAUUUUGUUGGAUUAUAUACUGUUGUGGUAAGAGGUGGUCUUUAUGAAGUAGAUCUUUUGAAAAAAAAAUGCACCUCUAUAUUUUGGCCAGGUAAGUGGGAUUGUUUUACUGUGCACAUUUCUUUACUAAUUUUGGUAAUUCAAUAGGCGAAGAAGCUGACAUUUUUCGUGGUGUAUGGUUCUAUGAUGGAUAUGAACCAUAUGAAUAUGGCGAGGAAGUCGAACGAGAACAUUUAAAUCUGUUCAAAGAUGAUACCAGGAAAAUUGAAACUACUGAAGAUAAUGGAAAGUCUGGUAUUAUUGUUUUCCACUAAAGUCAUGUAAAUUAAUUAUGAUUUAAGUUAAGAAUUUCAUUAAGUUACCUUACUUUUGUUCUCAGUUUUAAAAGAUGUCACUUUCGGAGACAUGCAUAUAGUUUGGUAUUCAUUCACUGAAGUGUAUUCCUUUAAACAAAAAACUUUUAUAAAUACAAAACUUAUGAGAAGUGUUACAAAAAAAUUAGGAACUUAUUUUCAAAAAUGUAAGUAUUUUUUAUAAUGGUUUUUAUAACAUUAAACUAUAAUUUGUCUUAUAAUAUUUUAAUUAUUGAGAUUUUGAUUCCUCGAGUUUGGUAAGUUAGUUUAAAUACAUGCACAUAGCGUAAAAAAUCACGCAUUUUUAUUUUACACUAUUAAAAAGUAAAAAGGAUUUAACAAUUACACAAUAUUCAACAAAUUAAUUUUACUAUUUUCACACUUAACAAAAUUAUUAUAACCUACGAUAAUCUUAGUCACAAAGUGUUACAUCUAUUACUUUUUAAUAUUAUGUUUUAAAAUAUAAUUUGAUUACUAAACUGUAUCAAUAUUCUUGUUUUAGCUGCCGGGUAUAAAUUGAUAAGAUCAUAUAAAACAGAUGCUAAUGAAAAAGACAAGUUGAACGAUAUAACACAUUUAGUAUUUUUGAUUCAUGGAAUCGGUCAUAAAAUAGAUAAUAAAAAAAUUAUAAAAAACACUUCACAGUAAAUAUGCUUUAUAGUAAUACCUUACUACAGUAAAAGAUAUUAUUUUGAACAUUUUAUUUCAUUAAUUUUAUUAUAAUGUUGUUCCUUUAGAUUUCGCGACUGUGUUAAAUGGAUUAAACAAAAAUAUUUCUUAGGUACUGAACAGAGGGCAGAAUUUUUUCCUGUAGACUGGAGAUCACAAUGUAGUUUUGAUGGAGGUAAUAUAAUAUUAACAAAAACUAAAAGAUUGUAAUACUCAAUGUUAAUCUACUAUUAUUUUUUUUUUAAAUUCAGGCUUAGUCGAACAGAUAACGCCAUUAAAUUUAAAAAACAUCCGUCAAAUUCUAAACUCAUCAGCUAUGGACAUAAUGUACUAUUCUUCUCCAGUAUAUGGUCGAGAAAUUCAAAAUAGUUUAGCUAAUGAACUGAAUAGAUUGCAUUCAGAAUUUGUGGAACGUCACCCACAUCAUCAUUUUAAAGUAUCUAUAAUGGCACAUUCUUUGGGCAGUGUCAUAUCGUAUGAUAUUAUAACUGGAUGGGAGCCAUUUGUAAGUACCUAAUAUUGAGUAUUUUAUUUGUACAUAAUAUUAUAUAAAUACUAUCAUACUUAAUAUUACAUUAUAUUCUAGAUCAAGCGAGCUGACAAUAGUUCGCGAAUUCAUUUAAAUUUUGAAGUAUGUUCACAAUUUUUUAAAUACUAAAAAAAAAAUUUUUUUUUUUUGUAAAUUUUCAAAUGUUUUUUUAUAUUAUAGUUAGAAAAUUUCUUUUGUUUGGGUUCACCAUUGUCAGUUUUUUUGGCAUUACGCCAAAAUCAAAUAUUCAAAGAAGAUUUAGACAUGUUUCCGAUGUGGUUGGCCAAAAAAGUCUAUAACAUAUAUCAUCCAACCGAUCCUGUCGCUUAUAGGUAAAAAUAUAAAACUAUUAAUUUUUAAAAUAUAAUAAUAUGACAUGUUUUAAUGUAACAAAUUUAAUAAUUAUAUAAUUUUCUUAGGUUCGAACCACUGGUGGCUAGAGACUAUUGUCGUUACAAACCAAUUGGUAUUCAAGCGUAUGGCAUUAAAUGGGAUUAUUCUGAAGUUGGUUUAGAACUUAUAGACAGCAAUGAUUUAAGCGGCGAAGAUACCACCAACCCAACUGAAUCGAAAACUUUAGAUACAAAAAAGGAAAACGAAACUUUUAGUCGUAAGUUAAGUACUUGGUUAAACAUGUCAAGCAACAACGAAAAUAAAACUAAUAUAAAUCAGUUUGAAAAUAACACAUUACCACCUUCGAAAAAUAGUACACCAGUAGAAGGUAUUAUCUAUUUUACUAUAACAUUUAAAAUGAAAUAAUUACAAAAAAAAUGAUGUUAUUAUUCUAGCUUUGAAUCAUCGAUUGGAUUAUAUUUUGAGAGAUAGUAUCGGUGGGUCAGCCAGUAACUAUUUAUCAAUGUUGUAUACGCAUACAUCUUAUUGGUCUAAUUAUGACGUAGCAUAUUUUAUUUACACAAGAUUGUUCCCAGAGUUGGAAAAGACAGUCGAAGAUUCCUUAAGAUCUGAUAAAAAAAUCCCAAAUUACAAUCUUCAAUUUGAACAAGGUAAAAAAACCUAGUGCAAAAAAAAAUUGACUCCAGAUAUUCACUGUGUAUACAUCAUAAUAUGAAGCUCAAUUAUUUUAAAUCUUUAUGUAGUACUAUAUUGUUAUUGAUUAUUAUGUUUAUGAGUAAAAUCUAAAAACAUAUCUUUUAUUACCAUUUCGAAUCUUUCAAGGUGUUGAAGUGACUGAAGAUUUGAAACAUUCUACUUGAGAAGGAAAAUUAUCAGUACCUAAAAAAAAUCACCUUUAUUGCUUAUUAAGUGUGUAAAAUUGUUGGAAAAUAUGAGAAUAUUAUAUAUUUCAAUGGUUAGAUUUUAUAUUAUUUAACAUAAUUUAUUUUAUGUCAUGAUACGAAACAGGGUAACAAUUUUCAAACAUAUUUCUCAACAACAAUAGUCUUGUCUGUUUUCUAUCUCAAUUGAAUACUAUAAUACUAUAAUUGUCUAUUAUUCAUUUUGUUCUCGUUUAGUUUUUACAUAUUUUAUUUUAAAUGAAUUUGAAUCAUUUUUUUAUUGGUAAACUAUUCUGCACUAUUACCUAUUCAAUGUUAUCAUAAAUGGUUACUCAAUCUGAUGUGAUAUUAAUUACUAAAGAUUAUAAAAUACUGAAUAAAAAAAAUUUGUUUAAUUUAUAAUUAUCUAAUAAUAUUUGUAUAUAUAAUUUAUAUUAUAUGACCCUAUGUGUAUUUAGGUGUUUUUCAGGGGUUUGACAAUUUUUAAAUACUACAAUUAAUUUAUGUAAAUUUGUCAAACCCUCGCGAUACACCUUAUAUUGUUUAUGUACUCAUAAAUAUUAAGCAAACAAAAUGUGAUUUGUUAUAGUUUGUUUACUAGUCGAUUAUGAGAAUUUUUACACAUUUUAAUUUGUAUUAAUUUGACCACCACAUAAUAAAGGUAAAAGGCAACACAAAUUUAUAGGCCUAGUGUUAUUAGUUUCUCACUUUUUUUUUACCAAUAUGAGGUUUUGUGUCAUUUAAACAAAUGAAUAUACUAUAUGUAAAAACUUAUACUAGGUACUAAAUUAAAUUUUUUAGUUUUUAUUAAAGUAUUUUUUCCUUAUUAUUAUUAUUAUAUUAUUUUUAUAUUCAGCCAAUUGCGGUUUUAUUGUGUUAUAAUAAUUAUGUUUUAAUAUUUAUUUGUUUGGUGAACUACAUUUUACCAUCUUACUAUACAUUUUAUAAUGACCUCAACGGUUGUGAUUGUUUUAUAUAAUAUAUGUAUUUUUUUUUACAUAAAGUAUAUUAUAUAAAUACAUGAUUGUUCUGUGAUGAAAAUAUUAUAAUAAUAUAUUAUAUAUUUAUGUAUAUAUUUGAUAUUCAUAAUAUAAACAUCUUGUGAUUCAAAA